AUGGAUCUUUUAGACCAAUUAGACGAUUUACAGACAAGAAAGACUGCUUAUAAGAAACAGAUUGAAAUUUUUGAUGAAGGACAUGACGUUCUUAAUGUUACUGGACAGGGCUUCCUCUUUGGUGCGUCUGUCUUGAGUAAGGUCAAGAGCAGACUUGAAGGCUUCCAUACUGAAAACACAAAAAGUUACAAGAGUAAGGGAUCAAUCUCAUUCGAUACUCAGCCUAUUGCAUGCUCUUACGACGGGGAGGAGUUAGAGACUGGUUUUGUUGAACAUUCGAAGGCUGAUUAUCCUAAUUCUAAUAAAAAUAUUCGUGCACGCAGGAGUUCCAAUCCAGUGGAAAUCAAGCUGAGCCCUUCUGAGACGGGAUCUGGGAAGACUAAGUCAACUGUUUACGGACCACCUUCAAAGGCAUACUAUAAUAGCAUUGAAACCCAGAAAAUAACCGAAAAUACUCAAGUUUCAUCCACACAAAAAAUAUCACAGUCGCAAUUCGAACAUGAAAGCACAUUAACAUCACAGGAUCUUGUUCAAACUCUUGUUGACUGUAAUUAUAAUCACAAUGAGGAUGUCCAGCUGCUACCCCAUGUGGUAGAAAAUGAGAAAACUCAAGAGACAGCACAGGAGAAAAUAGCGUCAAAGGAAUCACCGACGUCACAACCCGAAAACGAAAGUAAAAAUGUACUUGAUGCUUCGAAAAAAAAAAUUCUUCAUUCAGUCCAAUUAAAAAGCUUUUCUAAGGAUGCUUUUCUCAAGAAGUUUGAUGAGUUCAGCGAUGAGUCCGAUGAGUCUGAUGGGUUCGAAGAAAAAGACAUCUCUGGCUGUUCUCAUACUAUACAGGAUAUGCCAAACGCAAAGGCUUUGAACUACACUGAACGCACAUCUACAGUUUGUAGCGCCACUUUAUUUGAUCAAAGUGAUAAGUGCAAAAGUAACAAGCCUCUAGGGCUAUACAAAUUUCGUUUGAGAGAUGCGAUGUCUAUGAGCCCCACCAUUGCUUUGGAUAGUGACUCAGAUACGGAUUCUGGAGAUAACAUGCCAACUAUGGGGAGUAAGGUAGCCGUUUUGGAGUUAAGAACCCGUCUUUCUAGAAGGCAGAGGAAUGCAAAAGCGACAAGUAAAACUAACAACGUACAGAAUACAUCCUUGAAGGGAUUGUUUCAAGCUCUAAAAAAGGCAAACAAAAACCAAAUUCUGGAGAAGAGACAGGAUCUAUUUAAGCAGAAGGGUCUGAACUUAGAAGAGAUUGAAAAGGAAAAAGAAAGUGUUGUUAAUCUUCUUGAACAAGAAAUCGCACGGAACAAAAGAAUUAGGCUAAAAGAAAAACAAAAGGAAGCUUUAAAUACUUUCCAAGCUGAAGAUGAAACUUUCUGUGAUGCAAGCAUUGGGAGCGAGGAUCUUCUUUCCGAUUACCUGUCAAAUGGCUCGGCAAGCGAUAGUCCAUCAUCUGAGGAAGAGAAUGAAGAACAGGAUAGCAACCAAAUAGACGUCAGAAACAUGACUCCUGAGUUUAAAAAGGAAAAUGAAGAAAAGGACGAAGAGGAUGACUUGAUUUUGGUCCGAGGUAGAAGGGCUCCCAGAAUUUUGAUGGAUCUUCAGUCUGACGAUGACACUGAUAGUGAGAGGAAGAACAUCAUUAAUCUUGGAACCUAUGGCGACAAUAUAAGCUCCGCGACUCAGGACAAGGAGGCCGAAGCAAAAAUCCCCGACUUAUCCCAGAAGUGGCCUGUGGAUGAGCUUAGAGAUAGUUUGGCACUCAAUGGCAAGGGCGCUCCACUACUUGCAAAUAAUUAUAAUACUUCACAUUCACAAGUUGAGUUGCCUAAAAAUGAAAGGCUCACCGAUUCUGAUAAUAUGGAAGAAGAACUUCAUGCGAAGAGAAUAAAAAAAAUACUACGAAGAAAUGCUAUCAAAGAACUACGAGCAAGGAAGAAAAAGCAGGAGAUGCGCAAAAGUGGAAUUCAUAAUAUGGUUGAAGUUGAAGCACAAGAGUCUGAGGAUGAAUGGUUUGGGGUUGGCGGGGCUGAUGGGGAGGUCACUGAUGAGUAUGACUCUGAAAUAGAAGGUAUGAUUGAUGAUUACACUAGAUUUAAUUUCAAUCCAGAUGAAAUAAGACAAAGGCUCAUGGAGGAGGACAAAGCAUACGAUCAAAAUAUGGUUAACAGGAUCUUGCAUGAUAUUAAAAAUGGUGGAUUUCGAAAAAGAGGGAAAAGCGCUUUAGAUCUCGAGCUCAGUGAUGGCGAAGAUGAUGAGCUUAAAAAGUACCAUGUGAAAAGAAGAGAGCUUCUAAAAAGGAAGGCUUUGGAAACCGAUGAUGCAGGUACUUUAGCUGCCAAUCCAAGGGCACAAUCUUUCUUUGAAAGCAUGAUAGAAGAUUUUGUCGAUCUUCAAGAGUUAUCUGGUUUAAAGAAAAAAGAAGACGGGGAUGAGAGCCCGAGCAGGAACAACGAUGAAAUUCACGAAAGGGAAUUUGAUGAUAGGAAAACUGUAAUAUCUCAGGAAUUUGUGCAGAGGACGCUUUCAUUUCUGAAUAGCAAGGAAGAAAUGGAAGUACAGUAUGAAUCCGUUUUAUCUGCAGAAGCCCAAAGUGCUCGAAAUACGUCUGCAGAAGAGGAAGACUUUGCCACUUUGAAACAGAGAUCAUAUAUAAAAAACCUGCAUAUUCCUGAAGCUUCUUCUGAAUCUGUCGAAUCUACGGUUGAUGAUGAUAUUUUUGCUGGAAGUUUCCAGACAACUUACGGGAAGAUUUUUGGACGCAGAAAUGAUGAGAAUGAAAAAUUCAAAGAAGGCAUGAAGACCGUGAAGGCAUUGAAUUCUUAUAAAAACGCAAGAUCAUCGAAAUCUUCAAUUACCUACUUACGAAGAUCAAGGAAAUUAAUUCCAAAACGAAGCUCCAAACAUAAGAUUCCAAGGAGGAUAUCUAAUCUGCGGAACUCUUCAAUCAUUUUUGCGAAUGAAGAGAAAAGUUUUGAAAACUAG